AUGGAAGAUUUUGAUAAUCACAUUCCAUUAAAGGCCGAAGAAGAUGACCAAUUUCCUAUUGGUUUAAAAGUGCUUGCAAUUGAUAACAACAUUGUGUGCCUUCGUUAUCUUGCUCAACUCCUUAAAAAAUGUCAAUAUAAAGUAACUGCAUCAACGGAAGCAGCGGAAGCAAUAAGACUACUAAAGGAUGGAAAACGAACAUUUGAUAUUGUUAUUACCAAUGUUGUCAGACAAUACAUGGAUGGCUUCAAGAUACUUCAAAUUAUUGGUGUCGAGAUGGAUAUUCCGGUUGUUAUGGUAUCCGCUAAUGAAGAAUUGGACACGAUGAUGAGGGGAGUUGUAGAGGGAGCUAAGGAUUACUUAAUAAAGCCUGUCAGGCUACAAGAAUUGAGAAAUAUUUGGCAACACGUCUUGCGCAAAAGAUUAGCUCGUAAAAGCCCAAACCGGCCUAAUCUUCUUCUAUUGGAAGAACAACUUGUGUUAGAAGAAGAAGAAAAUCAUAACAUCAGUACUGCUAAAAGGGUUGCAAUUAAUUAUCAACAAGAUUAUGAACAAAGUAAAGAGAUUGUUAAAUUAAAUGAUGGUAAUAAUGUCGCUGAUGAUUCUUCUUCUAAGAAGAAGAAACGAGUAAGUUGGACAAAGGAGUUGGAUGAAAAAUUUAUUGAAGCUUAUGAACAGUUGGGAGAAAAAGAGAGAGUGCCAAAUAACAUAUUGAAGCUCAUGAACGAUUCUAGGUUGACACGAGAGAACGUGGCAAGUCAUCUUCAGAAACACAGAGAUACAUUGAAGAAGAAGAAAGCAAGUGGAGUUGGAAAAUUAGGAAGCCACGGAAAUUUAUACGAUAGAACAAAUCCAACAAAAGGAUCCACACUUUACAACUCGAUGAAUCAAAUUAACAAAGUUCCAAAUUUGGGGCCUCAAUUUCGAAUAAUAAGUAAUGGGCAAGGAAAUCAAAACGAUAAAGCGACGUGGACGGCGGCCGGAAGUUGCUUUCCGUUGCCAGAAUCCAAAGGGUUUAAUUUUCCAUCCAAUAAUUGGAUUUCAAAACCAUGUGAUGAUGAUAAUCAUCAAUACUUGGGAGAAGAAUUUAAUCAUGCUUAUUAUCCUCCCUUGCAAACUAAUUGCAAUUUCAAUUCAACCUCUCAAAAUUUUGUUGGAUAUUAUGCAAUUGAAGAUCAUAAUUAUGAUGGUUCAGGACAAUGUUAUCAAAUGCAAUUUACUGCUGCAAAUUCCUUGGAGAGUUCAUUAAUGGAUGACGAGCUCAGUGACAUUUUCAAAUAA